AUGAUGAAUUGGAUUUAUCCGUCAAAGAUCUUGGAACAAAAUCAUUCAAACUUCCUAACUGUUAGUUCUCAUAAUCAUCAAAAAGUUCAAAUUCGAGAUGCCUGGCCAAAUUGGACAAGUAUACAUGAUGAUCAUCAUCGAUAUAAGAAAAAACGAAAUAAGAAAAAAUGUUCAUAUCCAUGUAUAAUCAAAUCGAUAAUUAUUGGUCUUCUUUUACUAAUCAUAUCUGCUAUACUAUUAGUAGUUCUUUUGACCAGAUCAAAAAAUCAAACAAUAACAAUAAAUAGAACAGCUGUAUUGCGUUGGAAUACUACAGGUGAAACUAUAGCAGGCGUCGUAGGACAAUUUGGAAAUGCCUCGAAUCAAUUAAAUGUACCUUUUGGUUUAACAAUGGAUUGGUCUAAUACAUUGUAUAUUGCUGACUGGUCUAAUCAUCGUGUUCAGAAGUAUUUGAGAAAUUCAUCUUUUGGUCAAACAGUAGCAGGUCAAGCAACAGGAUCAUAUAAUACGACUUCAAGUUUUUUAUAUUAUCCAGGUGAUGUAGCUGUUGAUUGGAAUAGUAAUGUUUAUGUAGCCGAUACAUUUAAUAACAGAAUUCAAUUAUGGACUAACGGAUCAUCGUCAGGAAUGACAGUAGCCGGCACAGGUUCAAUAGGCAAUGGAAGUAAUGAACUUGCAAGACCGUAUGCACUUACACGUGAUCCAAAUACCGGUACACUUUAUAUUUCAGACACUUUUAAUAAUCGUGUAAUGUGUUAUCUAUCUGGUGCAUUAUCUGGAAGUAUAGUAGCUGGUGGUCUUGGAAGUGGAACAAAUAAUACUCAAUUGUCUAGUCCAUUUGGUAUAUAUUUUGAUUCUUUGUCGAAUAGUCUUAUAAUUGCCAAUGGAAAUGCUAAUAAUAUUGUUCGUUGGACUCUUGGUGCUUCUAGCUGGACACUUCUAGCUGGUAACGCGAAUGGAAUGAGUGGUAAUACAUCAACAGAAUUUAAUAUACCUAUGGAUGUAACAUUAGAUCCCAUGGGUAAUAUGUAUGUCGUUGAACGAUUAAACCAUAGAAUUCAAUUUUUUCCGAUGGGUGAAACAAUUGGAACAACGAUUGCUGGUCUAACAGGUAUAAGUGGUAGUAAUUCGAUGUUACUCAAUCAACCUAUGUCAGUGACACUCGAUAGUCAACUCAAUUUAUAUGUUGCCGAUACUUUUAACAGUCGAAUACAAAAAUUUGUACGUUAUUAA